AUGGGUAGGAAGAUUAAGGUUGGAAUCAGCGGCUUCGGAAGAACUGGUCGUUCGGUCGCUAGGGCCAUCAUUUGUAGGGACGAUGUGGAGCUCGUCGCCAUUAACGACACUUCCAUGGAGAUUGAGCAGAUGAUAGAAUCUUUUAACAAUGACUAUGGUCACGGUCAGGAGGAGCAGACUAUUGAAGCAAAUUACUUAAAUACCAGAAUUUUCUUCAAUGGGAAUCCCGUCAAUGUUUUACACAUGAACAUACCUGAAGGUAUCCCAUGGGAAGUGAUUGGAGUCGACUACGUUAUUGAGUGUACUGGCAAAAUUGGCAAGAAAAAGGCUAAAAUUCACUUGYUGGCUGGUGCCAAGAAAGUUAUCAUCGCUGCCCCAAGRAAAGAUGCUCCCAUGGAAGAGUCCGAAAGCAAAAUGAAAGGGAUCUUAGGAUGCAUUGAAGGUGAUGUCAAGUUCCACUUUUUGGGUGACAACAGGUCAAGCAUAUUCCACUCGAAGGCUGGAAUUGCUGUGAAUGAAAAUGAGUGGGCCUAUGCUUCUCUGGUCGUCAACUUUGCUCUCUCUCUUCCUCCUCUUCCAGAUUCGAUGGAGCUAGUUCUAUUGGAGUGCGACGUUAAGGCUAAGCCUUUGAAAUUUGGAAGAAAGACCUCAGUCAUUGUCCACUUUACAAAAACCAGGGAGUUUGUUCAUAGGGAACCCAACGGAUGCGAAAUCUUAAAAAGGCCCAGAUAUYCCUAUCCUAAGAUGAAGUUUCGAUACAGGAUUGAUCCGGGACAAGACCUUGAUUUCGCAUCCGUUGGGUUCCCUAUGAACAAACUCCCUGGUUUUUGUAAAGUGGACAAUGACUGA